AUGGUGACCAACAGCCCCAGAGUCCAGGCCAAACGCCGGGACUCAGCCGCGUCCGAGCAAGAUUUUUUUGAUAUUCCCGAUGAAUCAUGUCUGGCCGUGGUCAAACGCCAACUACGCCAUAUCCGAACCUGGAUCCUCUUCGCCGUCCUUGUCCUUUUCUUUCUCUGGAGCCGGCAUGAAGGAGCACAACCACCCCCGCAGACCAUUCCGCACAUCAAUUAUAACAAGGUCGACUGGUCGCGAUUUGCUUACACCCAGUAUGCCACCUCCUCGACCUAUCUCUGCAACGCCCUCAUGGUGUUCGAGGCCCUGCAUAGAUAUGGCAGUCGAGCAGACCGUGUGCUGUUUUACCCGGAGGAUUGGGAUCUGGUGGUGUCGGAUGAUGAGGACCGGACGAGUCAGUUGUUGAUGCUGGCCAAGGAGAAGUACAACGUGCGGGUGGUACCGGUUCCGAUGGAAGGGAUCAAGAAGCCCGACCAGGAAGGAUCCCAGGAGUCAUGGGAUAAGAGCAUCUCGAAAUUCUUCGCUUUCGCCGAGACCGCAUACGAUCGCAUCAUCCAACUCGAUUCUGACGUGACCCUCCUGCAAAACCUGGACGAGUUGUUUUUCUUGCCAUCUGCCCCGGUCGCGAUGCCCCGAGCAUACUGGCUCCUGCCCGAACGGCAGCUGUCCUCGCUGCUAAUCGUCCUCGAACCUUCGUUUACCGAAUAUUAUGCUCUGAAGGAUGCGGCCCUGGCCGCUGCGCAUGGCCAGCUCACGCUGAACACGAACUCGAACCGUUACGAUAUGGAGUUGUUGAACACUCGCUAUGCGGACUCGGCUUUGAUACUUCCUCACCGGCAGUACGGCCUAGUCACGAACGAGUUCCGCGCCAAGGACCACAAGCACUACCUGGGCAAUGACCGCGAGGAGUGGGACCCCGAACAGGCUUCAACUGAGGCAGCAUUCGUCCAUUUCUCUAAUGACUGGAAGCCGUGGGCGAUGUGGACGAUGGAUGAAUUGGCCGAUUUCCAGCCCCGCUGUAAGUUUUUCUCCGGAUCACCGCAGGAGAGCGGUUGCGAAAACCGUGCUGCGUGGAAGAACCUGUACGAUGAUUUCCGGAAACGACGCAAGGACAUAUGCCAGCUCCUGAGCUUCCCUGCCCAUAAUUGA